CUUUUCUGUUUGGGUGUAAGGGUGGAUCUGAAACGAGGAGUUACAAAGCCCAGAAUGUGGAUGUGGAUACAAAACGAAGAGCUGCUUCUGAAACAGUGGGAGCUGAGUUUUAAAAGGGCUUGUCUAUAGCUACAAAUAGAUAGUAGGAGGCAGUGAACAAAGGCAUUUGCCAAGUUUAUUUGUAGUAGCUAUAGUUUAGAAAGACUUGUAGUCUUCUUUAAGGACAAAGAGUGUGUGGAUUCGAGAGGAUUGCAGAUAUUAGGAUGGCUGAGUUAGGUCUGUAUAGCUACCAGGAGGAGGUGGUCCAGAGGGCUAUUCAGGGGGAUAACGUUAUCAUCUGGCUGCCCACUGGAGGAGGAAAGACCAGGGCUGCAGUUUAUGUGGCCAAAAAACAUCUGCAGAACAAUCCCGGGGCUAAGGUGGCCGUUCUGGUCAACAAGGUACAUCUGGUUGACCAGCAUUACAAGAAAGAGUUCAACCCACACCUGGGACAGGAUUAUAGAUUGGUGCCUAUCAGUGGGGAAUGUGACCAGAAGGACUUCUUUGCCUACGCAGUCAAGGACUCCGACAUAGUUAUCUGCACUGCUCAAAUACUGGAGAACGCCCUGGCAAACCAAGAGGAGGGAAAGCAUGUUGAGCUCCAAGAGUUCACUCUGCUGAUCUUUGAUGAGUGCCACCACACUCACAAGGAGGGUGUCUACAAUAAGAUAAUGAAUCGUUAUGUGGAGAAGAAGCUGAAGGGGGAAGGACAGCUUCCACAGAUCCUGGGCCUCACUGCCUCACCUGGGACAGGAAAAGCCAGGAGCAUUGGUGGCGCCGUGGACCAUGUACUGCAGAUUUGUGCCAACCUGGACUCAGUGAUUGUGUCGUCUAAGCAGUUUGCCCAUGAUCUGAAGAAGAAGGUCCCUAGACCCAUGAAAAGGUUUGACAUUGUGGACAAAAGACCUCAAGACCCAUUUGGGGACUGCCUGAAGUUCAUGAUGCAGUUGAUUCAUGACUUCAUGGCCCCGGCGUCUGACAUUACUCUCCGAGAGAUAGGCACCCAGGAGUACGAGGCAGAUGUGGUGAUUCUGGAGAAGAAAGGUGUGGCUCAAAAGAACAGACUGCUGGCCCAGUGUGCUCUCCACCUACGCCAGUACAAUGAUGCCCUGCUCAUCAACGACACGGUGCGCAUGGUGGAUGCUUUCAGGGUCCUGGAGGCCUUCUACAGCACCAAGACCUCCACCGCAGUGGACGGGACGGAUUUCUUUCUGCUGGGACUGUUCCAGGAAAACAAAAGGAAGCUGAAGAAGCUGGCAGGCAAUGCCCAAUACGAAAACCCCAAGAUGGAAAUGCUACAGGGCACCCUGCUGAAGCAGUUUGGCCAAGGUGAUGACUCCAGAGGCAUCCUCUUCACGAAGACCAGACAAAGCACCCACUGCUUGUAUGACUGGGUGUCUAACAAUGCAAACCUGCAGGAAGCUGGCAUCAAGGCUGCCAUUCUAACCGGUGCGGGCAAUGGUAUCAAUUACAUGACUCAGAAUGAGCAGAAGGACACCAUCCGCAACUUCCGCAAUGGCUCCCUCAACCUCCUGAUUUCCACCAGCAUAGCCGAGGAGGGCCUGGACAUCCCAGAAUGCAACCUGGUUGUGCGUUAUGGACUGCUGACCAACGAGAUUGCCCAGCAGCAGGCCAGUGGGCGGGCUCGGGCGGCUGGAAGUGUGUAUUCAGUUAUUGCCCCGGCACAGGGGCCGGAGUUGGUUCGAGAACGCCUAAACGAACGCCUGGAGGAUUUAACUAGCAUGGCCAUCAGUAAAGUACAGGAGAUGGAUCCUCAAGAGUUUUACAAGAAGAUCACAGAGGUCCAGACCAAUGCACUGUUGAUGAGACGGUUGGGCGAACAGUCAAAGGACAAGAAGAGGAGUCGUUUCAAUGGGGCGGGAAUUCAGCUCUUGUGUCGAAGCUGUUUUGUGCCUGUUGCCUCCGGCAGUGACAUCAAGCUCAUUGACAACGUGCACUAUGUCAAUGUCAACCCGGACUUUAAGUGCUACUAUAAGGUCGGUGGACAGGUUUAUCUGGAGAGGACCUUUCAGGAAUGGGAGCCAGGUCGUGUGAUCUGCUGUGCUGCCUGUAGCAAGGAAUGGGGAAUGGAGAUUAACUAUAAGAAGAGUGCCCUUCUGCCAAAUCUGGCCAUCAAGAACUUUGCUAUGGACACUCCAGAAGGACGAACCACAGUUAAGAAGUGGAAGGAUAUUGCGUUUACUGUGGAAGAGUUUAACUUCAACAAGUACUGUAAGGACAAGUUCCCUGACAUGUAUGACUGACAUUUCACUGGACAAUGGACUAGAUGUUUCUAUUGGAUUUUCUAGCUCAGUGUUUUAACCUUUUUUUCUCCAAUCGUUCUAUCCUCUUUGUCUUGGUCUGUGUCUGGGCUACGUUUUGUGCCUUCUACACAAGUAGUCCCUUGACCCAGGGGGAGAGACUCAGUGUACUUGUAACGGCUGACCCUCUUACAUCAGGUCUGGGCAGGGUGCCACACUGCGCUGUACGCGACAUGGCAGCGUGCUAAAUCGUGUUGCAAAAUGGCUGCGGUUGGAAUUAGUGCAACAACUUUGUGUAUGCCCCAUGGUUAUGCCUCUCUCUCUCCCUAUCUAUCUCCCUCCCUCUCAACCCUAGAUGUGCUGUCAUUGUCUCUAUUCAGUCAUUAAGUAUAUUUAGUGUAAAUCUGUCAUCUUAUCGUGUCAUCUUAUAAAAUAAUUUUUUUUAGUAAUAAGAACUCAAAUCUUAUUCAGGGUAGGGCUGUCACUAAUGACUAUUUUGGAAAUCAAGUAUUCUGUGGAUUAUUCUGACAAUGAAGUUAUUUGGAGAGAAAAAAAAAUCCAAACACUGCUUUUUGAAAAGCCAAGGUGACAUAGGCUAGUACAAAAACGUUUCUUUUCAAUGUAAAAACACACUAAUCUUUGAUUGGGCGCAGGUCUGUGAUGAUCAUGUUUAUAACACAAUCUGCUGGGUCUUUGCUUGCUGAGGAAAACAUGGCCCAGAUCUAUGCUCAUCAUUACAUCAAUACAAAUUCAGCCCAUAUUUGUGCAUUUUGUGGGAAUCAGUUCCAUUUGCGUGACGAUAUUGAUUUUCAUCCGACUUUCACGCAAUAAACACACACACACACCCACACACAUAUCUAGCCUAUAUAUUAAAAAUAUAUAGUGUCUGUGACUCUGUGACUCAUCACAAACCACAUCCACCCUUUGUACUACUGGACUCUGACCCUGCCUUGCAAAGUCUGAGGUUUUCUGUUGUUAGAGGUAGGUGUCUACCUUUGGAACCACAUUGCUGCUAUCCCUGCAUUUCAGUUGCACAUGCUACCCUACUCCUUCAA